AUGUCAUUGUUUGGAGAGUCUCCUCCGAACUCUCCGUCCGUUGCAACAGAAGCUCAAAACAAAUCCUUGUUCGGAGACGAGCCAGCUGCAAAGCGAGAUAUUACAUCCUCUUCUCUUUUCGAAGACAACUCUAACGAUAACAAUUCGCCAUGGUCUAUACCAACACCUAAGAAGUCGAAUCGUCAGAAUUUUGUGAAGAACCUGCUACCCGUGAACCAAGUCCCCGAGUCCUACGUUGAUGCCUAUGACAAUCUAUUGAGCGCUGGCCAGGGACACGGUGCUGGUGUUUCGCUCACGGCUGUGCGCAAAGCCUUACAGAGUAGCCAAAUCAGUUUGAGCGAUCAAGGUCUCGUUCUGAACAUCAUCUUACCAGCUGGACAAGAUUCUGCAAGCUCGUUGGAACGUGGAGAGUUCAAUGUUCUGCUGGCGCUGAUCGGUCUAGCUCAAGAGGAAGAGGAUAUUGGUCUUGACGCGGUGGAUGAUAGACGAAAGCGACUACCCGAACCAAAAAUCCCUUACCUACAGCAGCUCAACUCCCAAGCACAAUCGAAACCUGCUGAGCCGCAAACACCAUCACCAAAGGCAACCCGAUCGAACCAACGACAAGACUCGUUCGGAGGAGACCCUUCCGCAGAUCCCUGGGCGAGCCCGGCUAUUAAGAAUAUUCCACCCUCGACCGCUGCGCAUACUAUGAAACCCACCUCAUCUGACGAAUUCGCCCCAACAGCUGUAAACGGUGUACCACGGACCACCAGCACGUUCACAACGAAUAGUGUUCAAGACUCGACCUCAACGAGCGCAGAUAUGGCCAAUGCUUGGGGCUCAUACAAUGGCAGUAACAGUGGAGGAUAUUCAGCUGACACGACUGCCACAGGUGGGUUUGGUGAAAAUAACGAUCCACCUCGUGCUCGACCCGCGCAUCAGCAACAGAACUCUAUGAGUGCUAGUGUCGCAUUGCCUAAAGGCACUGGCGAGCUAGUUACCAUUACAAUAUUACCUGAUAAGGAGGGUGUAUUCCUGUUCUCACACCACAACUACGAGGUCAAGACCAUACGUCGAGGUAGCACUGUCGUCAGGAGGUACAGUGACUUUGUCUGGCUAUUAGAUUGCCUACAUAGACGCUACCCAUUCAGAAGACUUCCACUUCUACCACCGAAGCGAUUACAAGUUAACGGAAACCAUCUUGCAGCUGACAAUUCCACAUUUCUCGAAAAGCGACGGAAAGGUUUAAUUCGGUUCAUGAACGCUCUUGUACAACACCCUGUGCUGAGCCAGGAGACAUUAGUGGUCAUGUUUCUGACAGUGCCUACUGAAAUAUCUGUCUGGCGCAAGCAAGCAACCAUUUCGGUGCAAGAAGAGUUUGUUGGCAAGGCUUUGCCACCAGAUCUUGAAGACAGUCUACCAUCAACUCUGCCUGAUCUCUUCGAACAAGUCCGUGCAGGUGUGCGGCGUGAAGCGGAAAUAUACAUAGGUCUAUGUCUGCUAAUGGAACGCCUGACGAAACGGAACGAAGCCAUGGCAGCCGAUAAUUUAAAAUUCAGCUUAGCACUACAAACACUAACAGAAGGAAAUAACGAUGUUUACGCUAUCGAUACGAACGACGUACCGCUACUCAACGAGGGCAUUAAUGCUACGGCAAAGCAUCUCGCGACUUCGCAAUCCCUUCUUGAAGACGAAGCUCGAGCUUGGGAUAGUGGGAUCCUCGAGGACUUCAAGAAGAUUCGGGACGCAAUGGUAUCAAUGAAAGACCUUUUUGACCGCCGUGAUCGUUUAGCUAAGGACAACAUCCCACAGCUCGAACGACGAAUACAGUCUAACGAGACCAAACUUAUCGCUAUACGACAGAAGCCCGCCGGAACAGCUAAGCCAGGCGAGGCUGAGAAGGUCGAAAACAGUAUCACGUCGGACAAGGAAAGUAUUGUACAGCAACAUGCAAGAGGAGUAUUCAUCAAGGAAUGUGUGCGGGAUGAGAUUGUGACCUUCCAAACCACUAUUUUCACACAGAGUCAGUUGCACCAGGAGUGGGCACAAGAAAGGGUCAAGUAUUCGGAGCUUCAAGCCAGUAAUUGGAAAGGCCUGGUUGACGAAACUGAGAGCAUGCCAGUGGGUGAAUGA